GUGAGACUCUCGCGCUGGCCUCUGGAGCGCGGGGUGGGCGCCGCGUCCCCCUGUGCCCCGCUCCCCGGGCGCGUUCCCGCAGGGCCGGCCCCCCGGCGCCAUGCCCGGUCUGUACUGCCCCUCCAGCUGGACGCCGCUGCCGCUCACGGACUCCUGGGUCCGGGCCUGCGCCAACGGCCCCUGCCUCAGCGUGCGGGCCCGGCUCACCUACCGCAACCCGCAGCCGCAGCCGGUGGACGGCGUGUUCGUGUACCCGCUGGCCGAGGCCGAGGUGGUGUCCGGCUUCGAGGCCGAGGCCGCCGGACGCCGCGUCUCCUUCCAGCUGCAGAGCCGGCGCCGCUCGCAGGCCGCCUGCUGCCGCGCGCUGGGCCCCGGGUUGGGGACCCCGACGCCCCGUCGCUGCGCGCAGGGUCAUCUUGUCUUGGAUCUGGCCCAGGCCUGGUCCACGUUGGUGCUGCCCACAGGCCUUAUCGCUGCGGCUGGCACCAUGACGGUGACCCUGCACAGCAGCCGGGAGCUGCCCUCAAGGCCUGAUGGGGUGCUGCAUGUGGCUCUGCCCACUGUGCUCACCCCGCUGGCCCCGCCGGGCCUGCCGGGCCCCCCCAGGCCUCCGGGGCUCUGUGACGACAGGUUGGGCCUAUGCCCCACCAGCUGCUUCGGGGUAGGCAGCCCUCAGGAGGAAGGGCUGGCCUGGGAGGAGCCGGCUGCCCCUCGGGAUGUGUUCUCAGGUCCUGCCCGCUGCCCUGCCCCGUAUACCUUCUCCUUCGAGAUGCUGGUGACUGGGCCAUGCCUGCUUGCAGGCCUGGAGAGCCCCUCUCAUGCCCUGCGGGCAGAUGCCCCCCCACAUGCCAGCUCUGCAGCCACCAUCUGUGUCACACUGGCAGAGGGCCACCACUGUGAUCGGGCCUUGGAGAUCCUGCUGCACCCCAGUGAGCCGCAUCAGCCACACCUGCUGCUGGAGGCUGGCAGCCUGAGCUCGGCAGAAUACGAGGCCCGGGUGAGGGCCCGCCGAGAUUUUCAGAGGCUGCAGCGAAGGGACAGUAACGGGGACCGGCAGGUGUGGUUCCUGCAGCGGCGCUUCCACAAGGAUAUCCUGCUCAAUCCUGUGCUGGUGCUGAGCUUCUGCCCCGACCUGAGCUCCAAGCCUGGACACCUGGGCACAGCUACUCGGGAGCUCCUCUUCCUGCUGGAUGCCAGCAGCACAGCGCACAAGGAUGCCAUUGUUUUGGCUGUGAAGUCUCUCCCGCCCCAGACACUCAUCAACCUGGCUGUGUUUGGGACGUCAGUGGAGCCACUCUUCCCAGAGAGCCGGCCUUGCAGUGACGAUGCUGUGCAGCUGAUCUGCGAGAGCAUUGAGACCCUGCAGGUUCCCAGUGGGCCCCCAGACGUGCUGGCUGUGCUGGACUGGGCCAUGGGGCAGCCGCAGCACAGGGCCUACCCUCGGCAGCUGUUCCUGCUCACUGCGGCCUCACCCAUGGCCGCCACUACCCACCGAACCCUAGAGCUCAUGAGGUGGCACAGGGGGACAGCCAGAUGCUUCUCCUUUGGGCUGGGGCCCACCUGCCACCAGCUGCUCCGGGGUUUAUCUGCCCUCAGCAGGGGCCAGGCCUAUUUCCUGAGGCCUGGGGAGAGGCUGCAGCCCAUGCUGGUGCAAGCUCUGCGGAAGGCACUGGAGCCUGCUUUGAGUGACAUCUCUGUGGACUGGUUUGUGCCCGACACCGUGGAGGCACUGCUGACGCCCCGGGAGAUCCCAGCACUCUACCCUGGGGACCAGCUGCUCGGUUACUGCUCACUCUUCAGGGUGGAUGGCUUCCGGUCCCACCCACCAGGGGGCCAAGAGCCUGGCUGGCAGAGCUUGGGCGGGUCUGUGUUUCCAUCCCCAGAAGAUGCCCCAUCUGCUGCCAGCCCCGGCACUGAGCCCACUGGCACCUCGGAGCCACUGGGAACAGGCACUGUGUCAGCAGAACUGUCCAGCACAUGGGCUGCCGGGGACUCAGAGCGGACAGGUACUGACGCUCUGACAGACCCAGUCACGGAUCCUGGACCCAACCCCGCCUCUGACGCAGCCAUAUGGCGCCGCAUCUUCCAGUCCUCGUACAUUCGGGAGCAGUAUGUGCUCACCCACUGCUCUGCCAGCCCUGAGCCAGGCCCAGGCUCCACAGGCAGCAGUGAGUCCCCCGGCUCCCAGGGCCCUGGCUCCCCGGAGGGCAGUGCUCCCCUGGACCCCCCUUCUCAGCAGGGCUGCCGCAGUCUGGCCUCAGGAGAACCUGCAGGCUCCCGUUCCUGUCCCCUGCCUGCACCCACACCAGCUCCAUUCAAGGUGGGCGCCUUGAGUGCUGAGAUGCUGGGCCGGCAGCACAGAGCGGCUCUGGCUGGCCGAAGCCUCUCCUCCCCUCCAGGCCGGGCAAACCCAGUUCCCGGCCGACCCCGGAAACCCUCUCUGGGUGCAGCCCCAGAUGGCCCAAGCCCAGAGUCAGGCCAACAACUGGGACAGGGCCUGGAUGACUCUGGAAACCUGCUCUCUCCAGCCCCCAUGGACUGGGACAUGCUGAUGGAGCCACCCUUCUUGUUCAUGGCUGUGCCUCCCAGUGGGGAGUCGGCCCCUCCAGCAGCGCCUCCCCAGGCUCCACGCUGCCAUGUGGUGAUCCGGGGCCUGUGUGGGGAGCAGCCUGUGUGCUGGGAGGUGGGUGUUGGGCUGGAGACACUGUGGGGGCCUGGAGAUGGCUCACAGCCUGCCUCACCUCCUGUAAGAGAAGCUGCUUGGGACCAAGCACUCCAUCGGCUGACAGCAGCCUCUGUGGUCCGGGACAAUGAGCAGCUGGCUCUCCGAGGAGGGGCAGAGACCACAGCUGACCGGGGCCACGCCCGGAAGUGCUGGCUUCGGGCCCUUCAGACAAGCAAGGUCAGCUCUGCCCCCUCCUGCUUCACUUGCCCUGUGGCCGUGGAUGCUGCCACUAGGGAGGUCCUGCCUGGGGCCCUGCAGGUGUGCAGCUCAGAGCCAGCCGAGGCCCCCAGAACCCCUCCCGCCUCUCACAGCCGUCUAGAUGCAGCUCCUCUGCCUGCUGCUGUCUGUUCUAAAGGACUUCAGGGAGGCUCUCCAGCCGGUGCCCGGGACUCCGACCAACAUGGCAACUCCAAGUGUGCUUUGGGGGACUCUGCCGCUCCCACGGAAGGGCCUCGCCGCCCACCUCCCCAUCCGCCCUCUCGGCUCAGCCUGGGCCGCGGGCGCAAACUCCGCAGCCCUGACCCAGGCCAGGCCAACAGCAGUGAAGGCAGCGACCACGACUACCUGCCCUUGGUGAGGACUCGGGAGGUGGAGGGUGGCGCCGCCCGGCCGGGCGCGGUCUCAGCACGCUUCUCCCCCCACCUCCUCUCUCCUCAGGUGCGGCUGCAGGAGGCGCCGGGCUCCUUCCGCCUGGACGCGCACUUCUGCGCCGCGGUGAGCAUCUCGCAGGAACGCCUCUGCCGCGCCUCGCCCUUCGCGGUGCACCGCGCCAGCCUCAGCCCCACUUCGGCCUCGCUGCCCUGGGCACUUCUAGGCCCUGGUGUUGGCCAGGGUGACAGUGCCACGGCCUCCUGCAGCCCGUCCCCCAGCUCGGGCUCCGAAGGUCCAGGCCAGGUGGACAGUGGGCGGGGCUCAGACACAGAGGCCUCGGAGGGGGCGGAAGGACGGGGCGCCGACCUGCGGGGCCGGACCUGGGCCACUGCCGUGGCGCUGGCCUGGCUGGAGCACCGAUGCGCCGCUGCCUUCGGCGAGUGGGAACUGACCGCGGCCAAGGCUGAUGGCUGGCUGCGGGCCCAGCACUUGCCUGACGGUCUCGACCUGGCUGCCCUCAAGGCCGCAGCCCGGGGGCUCUUCCUGCUGCUGCGCCACUGGGACCAGAACCUGCAGCUACACCUCCUGUGCUACAGCCCGGCGAACAUGUGAGGGCUGCCCGCUGUUGCUUGGGCUGGGGCCCCACCCCACACACUCAACUCACUGCCGUCCAGGGCUGGCCUCUCGGUGCUGGGAAGGGGUCGGCUGGUGCCAGCCUGUCCCCCACUGCUUCUUCCCCCCUCCCUAGAACCCCCUUACCCCCACAAAAAGUGCCUGCCUGUGCUCUCUCCUGCUCCUCCCACCCCACUACCCCUCCCCUCCAUCCUCUGAGCUCCCUGCAGCACAGUGGAAGGGGAGAGAGCCACAGUCCCCAAAUCCUAUGCAAUAAAGUGCCUCUUAGGACUGCU